UGCCCUGUACCUGUGACAUGUGCAAUGACAAUAAAGUUGAAUUCUAUUCUAUUCUAUUCUAUUCUAUUCUAUUCUAUUCUAUUCUAUUCUGAUGUCCAGCUGAAACAACUACAUUUGUUUCCACUAAUUUUUACUUCAAGACUAUUUUUUAAAAUAGUCUUGAACAAUAGUUCACCAGGUUUUCUGAAGGUCUUUCAAAGUUUAUCUUUGGACAUUGGUUGCUUUUUCCCUCAAUUUCAGUCCGGGCCAUUUUCACAGCAAUGUUUUUAAACCACUUAACAUGAACGUAUUAAGGCAUAAAAAGGCACCCAACUCAGGGAUGAACCAGUGAUGUUUCUACACAUACCAGACAGCAUUUCUUUAGUCUAAUCUAUGAAAAAUAUAAAAGAUAACACAGUAUUUUCACACCAACAGAGCUUUUAGUUAAAAACUUGGCAUAUCUGUUUAAUGUAUCCUUAAAAAAUGGGGGAAAAAAAGUUCAGGACAAAACAAGAAAUGGCAGACCUAAAAAAAAUAUCUUUAGCUGACAAUUAGUAUCUGAAAGUCAUGCCCUUAAGAAAUAGGAACAUUCUAGCAAAGACCUGACAUAGGACCUAAGAGGCGCAUCUGGCCUUUCUGUUCAUCCAUUUACUGAUCACUGAAGCCUCAUCAGAAAUGGUCUCAGUGGAAGGGUGCGUGUCAAGAAACCAUUCUUAAGGACGGAGAAAAGGGAGAAAAAGCUGAGAUAUAACAAGAACUGGACAGAAAAUUAGUGACACAAUCAGUGGCAUUUUCAGUUUACAUGACUCUUAUUUUGUAUCCUAAGGUGAAAGGUGAGUUUUUUCUUUUGGCCUUCUUUAAACAGCACUGAGUUUCAGUGAGUAUACUGGAUGCUGACAUUCUAUGUAUUUUGAUUAUUUUAGAAGAUAUUGAGAUACACAAACUUAAUCGUUAAAGGGCUGAAAUGGACCAAAAACAAAAAUCCACUGUGAAAAUGAAUGUGAUGAACCCUGGGAACAGACUGGGACAUACCCAGUCCAAAGCUCCAGAGAGAGAGCAGUGGGCCAAUAAGCUGGAGUUCAUCCUGGCAGUAGCUGGGCACAUUAUUGGGCUGGGGAAUGUCUGGAGGUUUCCAUACCUUUGCUACAAAAACGGAGGAGGGGUUUUCUUCAUUCCUUAUGUUUUAUUUUUGUUCACCUGUGGCAUCCCACUCUUCUUCUUGGAGACAUCUUUGGGUCAGUACACCAGUCAGGGUGGAAUAACAUGUUGGAGAAAAAUCUGUCCACUGUUUGAAGGUUUAGGUUACGGAAGCCAAGUGGUUGUUUUGUACACCGGUAUGUAUUACAUCAUCAUACUGGCUUGGGCGUUUCUCUACCUGUUUUCAUCGUUCAGGGCUGAGCUUCCAUGGGCGAGCUGUCACAACAGUUGGAACACAAAUGGCUGUUUUGAACACAGUCACAAUCAAACAUUUCCUGUGGACCCAAAUGGAAAGAGUGUGUCUUCAGUUGUUGAAUUCUGGGAGAGGAGAAUCUUGGGCCUGUCUGACGGAAUAGAUAACAUUGGGAAUAUCCGUUGGGACCUGGCCCUUUGUCUUCUUCUUGCCUGGGUUUUGUGCUAUUUCUGUAUCUGGAAUGGAGUGAAGACCACAGGAAAGGUGGUGUAUUUCACUGCCACAUUUCCAUUUGUGAUGCUGGUGGUGUUGCUGGUUCGUGGCCUUACAUUACCUGGAGCCAAAGAUGGAAUUAUGUUCUACCUCUACCCAGAUCCAUCCCGUCUCACUGAUCCUGAGGUAUGGAUGGAUGCGGGCAGCCAAAUUUUCUACUCCUAUGGAGUUUGCACGGGGGUUCUGACAUCAUUGGGAAGCUACAACAAGUACAACAACAACUGCUACAGUUUAACCAGUUUUGUAGCUGGUUUCGCCAUUUUCUCUGUGCUUGGUUUCAUGGCAAAAGAACAAGGUUUGGAUAUAUCGAUGGUAGCUGAAUCAGGACCUGGAUUGGCAUUUAUUGCUUAUCCUCGUGCUGUGGCUUUAAUGCCGCUUCCUCAGCUCUGGGCGAUUUUCUUCUUCAUCAUGGUCAUCUUUCUGGGAUUAGAUAGUGAGUUUGUAUAUCAAGAGGCACUGGUCACAACAAUCUCAGACAUGUAUCCUUCCUUUUUUCAAAACAACUGUCACCGUAAACUCCUUCUUCUUGGAAUUAAUGUGGGAAGCUUCCUCGUAGGCCUUGUGAUGGUGACAGAGGGAGGCCUUUAUAUUUUCCAGCUGUUUGACUACUAUGCCUGCAGUGGGAUGACCCUCCUACUUUUUGCUAUUCUUCAGUCUGUCUGCAUAGGAUGGGUCUACGGUGGAGAUCGUCAGUACGACAAUAUAAAGGACAUGAUUGGAUAUCGACCAUGGCCUUUUAUGAAAUACUGUUGGCAGUACUUCACACCAGCUAUCUGUACUUGCACAUUUCUCUUCUCCCUGAUCAAAUACACCCCACUCAAAUUCAACAACACCUAUGAAUAUCCCUGGUGGGGAUACGCUAUUGGAGGAUUGUUUACGCUCUCCUCAACACUCAUGGUUCCUCUGUGGAUAUUGUAUGCUGUGUGCAUUACUCCAGGAACACUGAGACAGAGACUGAAGCUUCUGUGCACGCCAGCAAAGGACUUGCCUUCUGCAACAUCACAGAAAGCAUCAAACUAUGAAGCAUUUCAAACUUUCACAGACUUGCACACACUGCGGAAGACAAAAAGUCCAGAUGAUAGAGAUGAACAAAUACAGGGAUCAUAUAUUAUUUAAACUGAACAAAAAAAGUUAAAAAUACAACUACAGCAGCGAAGAAUACAUGUCACAUACAGUUUAAGUUCAUUAGGCAAACAACUCUAAACAUCAUUUGGUCAGUGUCCAGCUACCAAAUACCAGAUGAGAGAGACUCUCUGAGUAAACAUAAUGAUCUUCUGAAACUCUGCCUUUUUAUUUGGGGUUCCUGUGGAAAAAAGAAGAAGCUGCUUAAGGCAGAAAAACAGCCUCUCAAGCAAAACUGAUCGAUCACUGGAACCGAUCAUCAAUCAGAUACGUUUCAGUAAAAUACCUUUUUCUCUGUAGAAGAUAACAGAUUUUUAAAGUUUCAUUGUUAAACUGAAAAUGUAGUUUGAACUGUUUGUUGUACAUUUAUAGUACCUUUGUGUUGCUGUUUCAGUGUGUUGUAUUAUUUACUGUGCUCAGUAAGCUCAAGAUGAAGGAAAAAGAGGAAAAGUUUUGGUGGUAACAUUUCUUAAAUUUUACAUGUGGUUUCUUUUCUUGUAUUCUGACUUCAUUUAUAAAUUCUACUAUGUUAAAUAU